AUGUCCCCCCUGCAAGCAUACCACGCAUUCCUCCUCUCGAACCUGGAGUCGGUCCAGACAAUCGAGUCGUCCCUCUCGAACAUCACUUGGCUUCUCCCAGGACGUUUCCAGGAUGCUGAGCUUGCUUCAGAGGGCUUAUACUCUGUGGUAUCGUUGAUUGAGCGGUACCACGACACGAUUCUCACAAAACACCUCUCCUCCUCUCUCUCCCUCCCGCCCCACCCAUUCGCCCAGCCUCGCUCACCCACCUCGCACAUCUCCGGAUCGCCCCUCGCCCCUGCCGACCCUACACGGAUACAUCCCUCACUCCCUCCGGCCUCUGACCAUGCGAGAUACACACGGUACUGGACGGAUCGGUCUAGAUUGUAUCGGAGGGCGAGCAGGGCGUUGACGACGGUUGGGUAUCUAGAGUUGCUGGUUGAGAUGGUUGCAAGGAAGAAGUUAGGGGAGAGGAGAAGGUGGAAGGUAGUGUUGGGACUGGAAGCGCUCAAAACUUUCCUUCGCCUGAUACUCCUGUUCAAAACACGAAGACCUGUCCUCUCUCCAUCAACACCUCAGCGAGAAGUCGAUUACGCCUCGCUCCCACCUGAGGUGCUGAACCCAACAGCAUCACCAAAUUCUGAAACAUCAAAACAAUCUAGUCAGCCCCUGACGCCCAGCUUGCCAGCAUUCUCACCAUUGAGAGCGCAUCUUCUGCCUAUGGUAGGCAACCUGCCAGAAGAAUACUUGGAACAUCCGCUGGAUCUCAUACCGACCCUUAAGGGUAGCGAGUACGUGGCAGAGAUCAUCGCUGCCAGCGUUGGCUUGAUUCGGGUGUUGUUGCUGCUCAGGGCUUCUCGCAAAUCCCCAUCAUCUUUCCACCCUUACUCCCUGCCCACCCUCUCCCGCUCCCUCCCCCCAUACCUCAUCCCCCUUCUCUUGUUAUUCAUCUACCGCCACCUCCGCUCGGGCUCUUCAUCUUCUGCCUUAGGCUCUCCCCUACUCUUGUCUCAUAACGCCACACAAGACCGUCGUCUGGCAAUGCAAGCAUUCUUGACGGGACCGCUGUGGGUGGGUUGGACUAGACCGAAAAUCGUCAAGGUUGCCCAAGGAUUGGAGAGGAUACCACUCGUCGGUCUCGUUGGGGAGUUGGUGGAAGGGUAUCUGCCGUUGGUUGACGACUAUUUCUAUUGUGAGUUUGGUUUGCUUGGGUCCGGUGCCCGAACAUAG